AUGUCUAAUCCCCAAUUCUCAGCCCCUGGCUUCAUGCCAGAGUACGACAUCACUGCCGCCGCGGCCAAGAGUCCCGUUUCGGCGUCCGCUGCCCUGCCGGUCAUUCUUUUAGAGUGGUCGCGUCUGGAUUAUCAACAGCAAUGCUUGGUACUCUCUGCCCUCUCCCGACACUAUGGUACAUUCUAUGAAGCUCAUCAAGCGAUCAAACUCAACCAACGCCAGAUCGAUCGUUGGCUAGCUCGAUAUAAUGAGGAAAGAGCCCACGAAGAGCGCUGGAACAGCCAUCUCGCCCGGCUACGUCAGGAUCCCAAUCUUCGGGAGUCCAAUGAAGAGGGACCAAUCCCUCUACAGCUUAUUACGCUUGGGGAUAUUCGGUAUUCCGCCCGGUUCCUAGAACAGUUCAACCAGUCAGAGGCUGCUGAAUUAAUCAGGCCCCAGCAACCCCAACUGAUCAAGUGGCCACUGAACAUCGAUACGGCCUUGUAUGAUCCAUACGAGAUGGAAUCUGGUUUCGAGCUUAAAUCGGAUGAUGAAGUUGCCAUUGACGAAGGCGCCAUGUUCGAUAAGCCUGAAAAUCGUUUUUUUGAGAUGGCCUAUAAUGAUACUUACAACGACUACGGCAUCGUUGACCACUGCAACCACAAUGACGACAACAACCACCAAUACCACGGCAACUACCACAACUACGCUGGCUACCACAACGGUCAGAACAACCAGGAAAGUCACUGUGACUAUAACAACCACACCGGCCCCAGCGGCCAGGACGACCACAACAGCCACGAUGAUCACCACAAGGAUCUUGUUAAUCUUAAUAAUUACUACGAUUAUAACAAUCCCAACGACCACAACGGCCACGACGACCACGACGAUGAUAACGACCAUAAAAACCCUAACGACCAUGAUGACCCUAACGAUCCCGACAAUCAUGGAGAAUAUAGCAACCACAGCGAUCAUGACCAUGAUGACCAUGAUGGCCAUAACGACCAUAAUGACCCUAAUGACUACAGCAAUCACGACGACCCUGAUGAUCACGACGACCCUGAUGAUCACAACGACCAUGAUAUUCACAACGACCAUGAUGACCACGACGACCAUGAUGAUCAUGGAGACUCUAUCAAUGCGCGAGCAGCAUCGAUCGUGGAGGAAGAGGAGAUGGAAAAGGCCGAGGAAGCUCGAGAAGCCGCGGAGCGAAAGAAGGCCGAGAAGCGUGAACAGGACAAGGAAACCCGUCGAAUCUUCAACGAGGCUCUUGCACAGCGCAAGGAAGAACGCCGCCUUGCAGCAGAAGCAGCUAGGCAGGCUGCCGCAGCUGUGCCGGUCGAUCAGCUGGGGCGAGGACGACGAGCUCGCCGUGCUACUGUGCGACCAGCAGGAAUGCUGACUUUUGAAGAGGUCGAAUUGCCCGGCGACGAAGACUGA